AUGCAAGAAAAGAAGUACUCAUUUCUGGAUUUCGAUGUGCCUGCCAUUGUUGAAAAUUUCCUCGAGUUAAAGCUCAUUGAACUUCCGAAGAUGAAGCGUCCAAAUAACGCUGGGAAAACUAUUGAUCCAAAUUACUGCAAAUAUCAUCGACUUCCACUUAAUGAUUCAAGGAUUCAACCAAGGGGGCAAAGAGCCAUAGGCGCAAUAAAAUUAGGGCUCACCAUUGGAGAUAUGCAGUCAAGUGCGUGGUUGUAUGUGAUCGUCGCAAAGAAUUCAUACAAUGUCUUGCUUGGAAAGCCUUGGAUUCAUGAGAAUAGGGUAGUUCCAUCUAACUACCAUCAAUGUCUGAAGUACUACGAGGGAGGAGUCGAGAAGACGAUAGUUACUGAUGAUAAGCCCUUCACCGAGGCUGAGUCAUACUUCGCUGACGCAAAGUUCUACUUGAAGAACCACAUCGUUAAGGAGCUAAAAGCUGAUGAUGUCAUGAAGAUCAAGAAUGAUGAGUUCACAACUAAAAGAGCUGAGGUGGCUCCUGGUAAAGUCAAAGUCGCUGCUAAGGAGGCACACCCUAAUCCAAAUAAAUAUCAUAGAGGGAAAGCCAUUUCUUCUAGCAAGAAGGUAGCCCAUGUACUUCGUUACGUCCCAAAGAUAGAGAAAAAAGAAGGCGAAUCAUUCAAUCUCCAAACGGGGUUAACUCUUCCGAUCAAACGGAUUGAGGCGAUAAAGAUGUCCUCAAAGCUACUUAGAAAGUCUGUGUCUCAGAAUCCACCACAAAAUAUAGCACUGCCUACGAAGCGUACAGAUGAAGGUUUUGAUCCUAAUGCUUAUAAGUUAUUUGCAAAGGCUGGAUACAACCCUAAUGAGCCAUCAAAGUUAGGGAAUCUCCCAUCAGAAGCUGCUACAAGGCAACCACAUGAAGGUUUGGGAUAUAAACAAUCCUUACUAGUGCGCUUCUCCAUAAGAAAGGCAAGCAAUAAUUGUAUCACUAUGGAAGAUGAACCUGCCACUUCCAAUAGGCUCUCUAUCUUUCAUCAGCUUGAAAAAUCAACUGAGAGGACUUACGGGGUAAAGACAACAAUUGACGCUUUGAAAAAAGUAAACCUUGGCACUGAUGAAGAGCCAAGGCCCACUUAUCUAAGUGCUUUACUAGUAGUCAAUGAAGAAAGAAAUUAUAUUGAGUUUCUCAAGGAGUAUAAGUAUGUCUUUGAUUGGAGUUAUAAGGAUAAGUCUGGCUUGGACCACAAAGUAGAAGUCUAUCACCUUGCAGUCAAGAAUGGUGCUCAUCCUGUUAAGCAAGCUCAAAGGCGCUUUAGGCCGGACUUGGUUCCAUUGAUUAAAACUGAAAUUAACAAACCCAUUGAAGAUGGCUUUACUCGUGAAGUUAAACACUCAACAUGGGUUUCAAGUAUUGUCCCUGGAUCUCAACAAGCGUGUCCUAAAGAUGAAUUCCCGCUUCCUAUUUCAGAGCUAGUGAUCGAUGCUAUUACUGGUUAUGAGGCAAUGUCUUUUAUGAACGGUUUGUCUAGAUAUAACCAAAUUCGUAUGUAUCCAAAAGAUGAAGAUCUUAUCACAUUCCACACCCCAAAUGGAAUUUAUUGCUACAAGUUUCAACAAUUUGAAAUUGUGUACAUCCCUCAGAAGGCUAUAAAAGGACAAGCGUUAGCGGACUUCUUGGCAGAUCACCUUAUACCUAACUAUUGGGAGCUAACUGAUGAAGUACCUGAUGAGGAUGCAAUGGUCAUUGAAUUUCAGCCUCCAUAG